CGCCAGUCUUAUCACAGCUCAGUGGGCAGCAGAGCUGUAAACUGCGGAAAUGGCAGACGAUCCUCUCCAGGUGAACGUGGACAGUUGGAUUGCCAAAAACAAGAAUGCAUUCCUGCCUCCAGUCUGCAACAAGCUCAUGCACUUUCUGCAGCUCAACAUCAUGUUUGUCGGGGGUCCAAACGUGAGGAAGGAUUAUCACAUUGAGGAAGGAGAGGAGCUCUUCUACCAGAUCAAGGGUGACAUGUGUCUGAAGGUGAUCGAAAAUGGUCGACACAAGGAUGUGCACAUCAAAGAAGGAGAGAUGUUCCUGCUUCCAGCCAGGAUCCCCCACUCGCCCCAGAGACAGGCUGACACCGUGGGACUGGUGGUGGAGAGGAGGCGGCUGCUGACUGAAACCGACUGCCUCAGGUACUAUGUGGACAACACAACCAACAUCCUUUUCGAGAGGUGGUUCUACUGCGGGAACCUGGGGACGCAGCUGGUGCCCAUCAUCAAAGAGUUCAUGGCGUCACAGCAGCACAGAACCGGGAAGCCAGAUCCGAAUGAGCCGUUCCGAGAGCCGCCGUUCCAACUGAACACCAUGAACGUGAUGUCACCGUUUAACUUCAAAGACUGGCUAGAGAAACAGCGGCCGUGUCUCUCCAAAGGAAAAGCCAUCGACAUGUUUGGAGCUCAGUUUGAGACGGAGGUGAAACUGUUCGGACCCGGCGAGACAGAACCAACAGUGCACCAGAGUGACGUGUGGAUCUGGCAAAUGGAUGGAUCAUCGACUGUCAGCAUGAAUGGCCAGAACUUCACUCUCUCUGCUGGAGACAGUCUGCUAAUACCAGAGCACAGGGAAUAUCAGUGGCAAAGAGACGAGGAAGCUGCUGCGCUGUUCGUGGUUCAAGACCCAGAGAGGAAAAGACCCUGACUGCACCAUGGCUGGAAAUGAAACAAAUAAAAGUCAAUUAUAAAAAAUGA